CCGAGCGACAAGCAGCUCCAGCUUUGCGGCACUUGCAAGCUAGCUCCUUGGGCUUUCUCCGUCGUGCCGCUUGUUUUUCGGCGAGGCAACUUUCAAUUUAUCAGCGGGAAAACGUCGCCGGAGGACAAACAUGAGACUUAGCAGAUUUGUGGAAUUCGGCAGGAAGAUUAUAUGCGUUGGAAGAAACUACAGAGAGCAUGCUGAGGAAUUGGGCCACGCGGUGCCCAAGGAGCCGCUGCUGUUCAUGAAGCCCCCAACAGCCUACAUCACCGAAGGGCAGUCUAUAAUGAUUCCUAGGGACUGCGAGGAGCUAGAUCACGAGGUCGAACUGGGUGUGGUUGUAGGGCGCCGAGGGUCUGCCAUCCGCGCGGAAGAGGCACUCGACUACGUGGCAGGAUAUGUGGUCGCACUGGACAUGACUGACCGACAGCUGCAGAGACAGUGCCAAGCCCAGGGCCACCCAUGGGAGCGUGCCAAGGGCUUCGACACGUCCUGCCCAGUGGGGCAGUUCCUGCCCAAGGAGUCUGUGAGCGACCCGCACACACUCACCCUCUGGUGCAAGGUCAAUGGCCAACAGCGGCAGAAGGGCAGCACUUCACACAUGCUGUUCACCAUCCAGCAGCUGCUGGAGGCGGCCAGCGCCCGCUUCACUCUCGAGCCCGGCGAUCUUCUGCUCACUGGGACGCCCAGCGGCGUCGGGCCCGUGCGCGCUGGCGAUGUCGUCGAGGCUGGCAUCGAGGGGCUUGGGCAGGUCCGCUUCCCGGUCGAGCAGCAGAAGCCGAAGCAGUAGCGUUUCUCUAGGAUUGUUGCCUUUCCUGGGCCAUUCGGUUGCCCACCAGUGAGAGGACCCGGUGCUCACAAUGUUGCAAAACAGGAAGAAGGAAUAUGCCAUUCAAUGCCCAUCCUCACCCUGUGCAGUAAUCAGAUAAGGACACGAAGGGUGGUACAGAAUAACACAGCGCUGAUAAGCAGGUGGCGCUGGUUUUACUCUUCGUGUGCGUGUCUGGUGUGCACCGAAUCCUUCAUUCAUGACGAAUCAACUAGCCUCCUUCUGAGACCCUUUUGCUUCAUCCACUGUAUUCCUUCCGACCUUGUUCUGCAUCCUUGUUACCGCUAGGUUCUCUCACCACUCUAGUUCUUGUAGUUAUGAAACGAAAUGGUCUAGUUCAAUCUUCGGUUCUUAUUGCACAAAGAGCUUGUGACUGGGGCAUGGCCUUUUCAUCGCAAGCAACAAGGCAGCCGAAAUGGGCAGCAGUAGCAUGUGUGCUAAUAAUCGCUGGGUGUAGUGAUAUCCCGAAAGGCUAAUUCAUGAAGUUAGGUAUCUUUUCAAUUACUUUCUAAUGCUGUAUGCACACAUUGCGUGCAACUGUGCGCUCCUGUUGAAGUAGCAGAGACUAGCCAGCGUACAGGCUCUCAACUUUAAGUUUCCUUCUUUUUGGUAACUGUUUUGUCUUCGGCAAUGAUAUUGAAGCAGCAGCUCUUCGCUGUUGACUUAUGCGGGGCUUUACGCAAGCCAUCUAAUUUUGUUCUUGUUUGGCUUGUCCCAACAUUCUAGAAUUUAAAAAAUCUGCACAUACACUGCCGUAGUAGAGAGCUGAACACUGGUACCGUAAAGGGCGAAAUUUCUUUGGGCAUGCAUUCGCGUUCAAGUGUUACUAUAAAUAAGUAGUCGCAGACUGAUCUGAACGGUUCAGGGUGAAUUUGUCAAAUGCUACAACCUUGUGCCUUUUGUAGGUACGGUACCAUACCCAGCAGUCAGUGCAGUCAAGCUCUUGGGAGCAAACCACACAUUACGUGGGUCGCUGAAAUUUUCAAAGCUUUGUGUUGUUUGAACUGAACAGCCAGUUUUCUUACUCAGUGGCAUUGCAAUGCCGGCAGAAAUAAGUAUAAAGUUAGCAGUUUUUUUUUUUUCCGUACAAUUUGAAUCUGUCCACAUGUUCUAUCCUUCACUUCGAGGCACAACAGGUGCCAUGUAUAGUGUAACCCCCACUGACCUGUCGCAUAUCCAGUAACACGUUACCAGAUGUCACCGCUGAUGUGAAUGCUGGCGGGCAGUUCUCCAAGCAUACGUAUAUCCGUGGCCUCCUUAGGAAAUGCACUCAUUUCCGAAAGGUACCGGUAAUGGCUGCUUUGGACCAACCCUUGAACCGAACUUUGUGGGAAUUAAUAGGCACAUUACAUUCUUUGCAUGUUUCUCGUCGUUCUGUAGGUGUGGGGUGACUGAUGUUAUCAGUGAAGCGAAGUCAUUCCACUUAGGCCCCAUAGGUUACAAAAGGCUUGUUCUCUGUGCACCUUUGGCUGCUGUUAUUUUUUUUAUUUCUCCAAGAGGCAUACAUUUUUGGCACAUCUAAGGUUCACUUUGGCUGCUCUAUGCUAUGCGUCUUUCUGCUAGGUGCAUUUUAUCAUGUUGCCUAGCAGCUAACAUGGGGCUGCUCGUUUGUUACGAUGCUGGUUUUUUUGAAGGUGGAAACUUCUGUCUUAUCCACUUUUCUCUUUCACCUCUUGGACAGUCUGUCAUAAAAGUUGCCCGUUUCCUCAAUUUUGACUUAAACCGUGGCUGAGUGAAUGCCGACUAAUCAGAACCUUGUGGAAGUGAACAGCAAGUAGUUUCUCUUGUGUCCCAAGUGCAAGCCUCAAACAUUAAUGGUGAAUUAAACUGGUUGGGCGGCAGCGGCCAUGUAAAUACUAUAGCGAGUGUUCCCAUACGGGAAUCCUAAUCCGCUGGUACAAAAGUAAGCCGUUCCGCACAGGAUUAUCGCGGAAGUUGCUAUAGGUAGCCGAUUCAGGAAGCAGCGUCCAGGAGCUGUAUUCUCGAUAGAUCACUUUUGGGGAUAUUGUUGCUCUCACGCAAUUUCGUGAGACCUGACACUGGAUGUGCCGGCGCCUACUGGUGACUACAUUGCUUAAACCAUGCCAACCACAGGUGUCUUGGCACAACGGUAGGGAAGCUGUGACCGUAAACACUGACAUGUUCGGCACCAAGUUACACGAACUCUUAUGAAAGUGGAAGUAUAUUUAAAGUGAUCAGCUGAGAAUACUGCUCAGGUAUCUGCUGGAUGUACACCGUCAAAGCACCAGAGUGAUUUCGGUGGCGCUACUCCUUUUGUUCAUGAUGUUUAAGUGCUAAUCGAGAACCAGUUCAAAACAUAGAAAGUACUACGCAAAAAAAAAAAAAGCCUGGUAAUGUUGACGUGAAGCACUGAUGGUUGAUACACUCAUCUCUUUAGCCUGCACAACUGACGCAAUGUGCAGCUGUCACUCCGUUACCCAGCAGCACGCUGCUGCGGAUCGGAUCAAACUGAAAUAACCAGUGGAACACGCUAACAGACAUUACAUCAACCACUGCAAUGCAUAGUCCUUGCCACGGAGAUGCGUAAUCAACUCGCUCUGUGCCGACCAAUGGAAUUUGCCAUAGUUUAUGUUGUGCCUGCCUGUACACUCGGGCAACAACUGCCUGCAAAACACAGCAACGAAGUUUGCAAGCUUGUUUAAUGAUGCCGUGCUUUGUCGACUCCUGUAUGAGGAUGCACAUUUUGGCACUUCGUAUGCAUAGCCAUUUUUAAGUUGGUUAGUCGGUCUGUUGCCAAUCUUGAUGCGCAAUUCCCUCGCCUUGAGAUAAGCAAGUCGAGGGCAGCUGAAGUAGCAGCACGUAAUACUAGCUUUGAGAGCUUUGUAUUAUUGAUACAUGCAUUAACCUCGCGAGUGCCACGCACAAGCGCCGAUUGUCCAGGACAUUCCUUACAAAAACUGCCAAGGACGAGUCUGGAUAAUGCGUGUGCUUUCCUGCCCAUUUUGAAUGCCGUAGACAGUACAUUGUUGUCAGCUCUUUUACAAGAUUAGAUUGACCUUCUCUCUCCCUUUUGCUUCUAGAGGGCACUGCUGUAAGAUGAUAGCAAGGAAGCAGUGACUUAUAUGUGGUGGUUAGUUUCACAUCACUUAGGCAUUUUUCACACAUGAUAAAUAUAAGUGGCUUGUUGAUACUAAUUUUACUCCCCAUGGCAAGUGUAUGUAUUUGGUACAUGCAGUCAUUCUGCUUUCCACUCGUACGUGCAACUUUGCUUGUCUUCUUAUUUACAUCUUUUACUAGUGCGUAGAGGAUUAAAGGGACUGUGAACUGUUAGCAAAAGCUGAGAGGGUAGUACUAGAGUGUACAGCUGAGCUGGUUGCAUUUAAUAGCCUAGUCGUUCAGGUGCGCUAUCUGUAGUUGUGCUCGACCUGUUACGGCCUGCUGAAGUCGUGCUCACUUACCGGGAAAAGCUCACCAGACCUUGUGUGGUUAGGUUUUGCUUUUAACUUGACAUUCGAGUUGCCUCGUGACAAAUGAUUUCAACUUAACUGUGGUCGUAUUUUGUACGUUGACAGUGAGCACGUAUGGUAGGCUACGACUGAGGUUCAAUACAAGUGCAGUUCAUAUGCCUGUGGUGUGAGACCUCCCAUGCAGAUGAAAGCUUUCUCAAGUCUCGAGGACCAGUUUUGCCGGACAACCUUGCGGACCCAGCUUCAAUAUUCCAGCAUUCAUGUUUAAUGCCUGUCUGUGAAGUCUUCCAAGUGGUUGUGCUUGAGUGGAAGUUCUGCAGUCGGAGUGUUUGUUGCUGGAGGUCGCACGGUUUGGCUGUUGGCCACCAUAAGCAGCAGCGGGACUGAGAGUUGCAGCCAUGAUAGAGGUUUUCUUUUUUAAACUGCAGAACAAGAAACAGAGGCAUUGUUGUGGUCCUUUCCUUGUGUUGCACCUGUUUCUUGUGUUGCCGCUGUUCGAAAAAUGCUCUGGUGGCGAGUCUGAAGUACGCCCAGCGCACGUCUGCCCAAAUGCAAGUCUUGUUGCAAGUUGACCAUCACUGCCUGGCCAUCACGUGAAAGUUGAAGUUUGCUGACAUUCCUUUGGUAACCAUACCAGAAUAUUUGCAAUAUUAUUUGAACCCACAGCUUAUGUUGUUGAACCAACGGUUCAAUGGCACCAAUACACUGCUGAUAUUCGGUACAUGUUUUUAUGUCACAGUAUAACAGAAUGGUGCAACGUAGCAGUGCUUCUAGUUCUGUCUCGCAGGGGCUUGAAUAUUACGAAGAUGAAAGCUUCAUGUUGCUGUCCCCUUUAUUGAGAGUCUGCGUGAAACAGAUGUGUUCUCACAUGGUAGCCACUGGGCAGCUUUCCAAAGAGCCCUGGCACAGUUAGAAGGAAAGGUUGAAUUCUAGUUUAACCCUGAAGUUUAAAACCCUUUAGCGUGAACGCAUAUACAGGUGUAAAAGUUAUGUGAAUUGCACAUGUUAGCUCUAAGAGCAUCUAACAUUGCUCUACAACAAUCACUUAAUGUGAACAUGAGUUUCGCAUAAUUCGUGUUGCCAAACUAGGAGUAAACUGCAAGUCGGCACGUCAGUUUUGUUUACUUUUUGGGUUCACUUUCUGGCAUGGUUCGUGGAAUUAGGUGUUCAGCUAAAAAUUGUAAACAUCAUGGCGAUUCUUUUUUCCCCAGAUAUUAAUAGUUAUUAAACUUCAGUGCUUUGCUUGUAAAUCCAGCAAGUUUUACACAUCAGUCACAUGGGGCACUUUCGAUUGCGAUCAAAAGUGUAGUGCAUGAUCUAACUGGUUGAGCAGUUAAUAACAGCACAUUCUAUGUUUGACGUGUAGUAUUUGAAUAAAGGGGACAUUAACCUGUGUUUUCUUCUCGAGAAGAGCUAGACACGUAGGCAAAUUAGUUAUUGUCAGUCUGCUGAAGGGUUUGCUAAUAAUGCACAGCAACUGUCACUUGUACCGUGCAAGCCUUGGUGAAAAGCAGUUACAGUUAACAAGUUAGGUUGUUUCCUUCAUACUGGUAGGCCAUGCGAAAGUGUGCCAGUACUUUGCUCACGCUUCUAGGAGCGCUAUGCUGUGGUUGGCCAGGAAAACGUGAAGGGCAAUGUCAUUUGUUUAAACCAGCAAAUGACAUAUUGGCAGGCCGAGUAUGUCUUGCCUGACGGGCCUUGUCAUCAUUGAAUGUUCAUUGGUGCCUCUCUGAUGGAGCCGUCAGGCGAGGUGUUGGCAUUUGAUCUAAACCCAAAGGACCCAGCCUUGCAUUCCUGGCUUGUGAUACGCAGUAUGGUGGCAGCUUUACGAAUCUGACACAAAUGUUGUAAAACAUGUUGAAUGUCACUGUUUCUACCAUGCCAUCAUUAGAUCUCUGCUAACCCUUUCUUCCACCCAUUUGCAGCAAGCGUGCCAACGCCAACCACGUGGCGUAGUUACGUGGUGGUUUGCAGUUAACUUUGGCCAAUCAUUGUCUGCUGCUGAGGUGCUUGUGCUGCCAGAAUAGUUAAAUUGUUCGUUGUGCAUUCUAGAUUUAUCAUGUCACUUCAACUGCCCCGUUUCUAGUAGAUGCUAAUGGAAAGUUGUACUGUUUCCUUGUGAAUGCCAUUUUCUACUAUUGAACAAAUAAACUCGUUAAUACAA